UCUAUCUGACAGUUACUCGUCUGAACCAACCACAACGCUUGCAUCAAAUAAAUUUGUUGUUGACAUUCUUAUUUUAACCAAUCAGAAUUCAUAUACCCAAAAAAAAAAAAUCUGCCGUUUACAUUUUUGUUUCAUCCAAUCAGGUCGAUUGUAUCAAAAUACCAACACGCCACUGGCUACAGCUGACCUGGGGGGCGGGACUCUCCGGGUGACAAUACCUCUCAGUGGACCGCCAGAAUACAUCAGAAAAGCCAUAGAAAAGAAAAGACAGGAGAGACAGAAGCAGGGAGAGGGUGAAGGACGUCAUGAAAGUAGACGCCAGAAGCUCGGUGGUUCAGGAGAACAAAGUGACAGUGUAAAAAGAAACAUUAGUAGUACACUGGGAUUAUUUUCUAUUAGUAGAAGUAGUAAUUAUCAAUCUAGAGAGGCUUCCAGUGGAGGGGUCCGGGCGAGUGAAAACCAUGGCACCUCCAGUACAGGUGUUCAGAUAGGUGGAAACCAUCACACCUCCAGUGGAAGCGUUCGGAUGAGUGAUAAUAGAGCGAGUGUGGUGAUGGAAGAGGUGAGGAGUGCCACAGGUAGUGUGUCAGGUGGGGUGAUGAGGGGAGGAGUGAGGAGUGCCACUGGCAGAGUGACAGGAGAGGGACAGGUGAGGGAGGUGAGGAUGAUGAGAGGACAGCAGGAGGCGAGAGAACCGGAAAUAGCGAAGGAAGCAGAGCAGGAGGAAGCGAAGGCAGGAGGAAAGAAUAAAGUGGAGGACAGUGAGAGGGAAUCCUCUCAGGAAGUUCCUAUGAAUGUGACAAACUCCAACACGUCAGACUCUCAUAAACAAUUGCGUCAAGUUAAUCGUCAUGUAAGUGGAGAAGAAAUCCCAAAACCUAAAGAGAGUCUUCAAACCAGCGAGGUAAGACACGGAACUUAUAAAGAAUUUCGCAUACAAGAUCAUUUUACCAAUUCCUCUGCUGAUGCAUUUCAAGACAAGAAUACACAAGGAAGAGGGGAACGGAGGAUGAUAGAGGAUAAUAGGGGAACUGGGAGCGAUUUGAGGGGUCCUCUACCCGUGGAUGGAGAGGAGACUUCUGUGGGAUUAACGCCUGGCUUAGCGAGGGUCCAGGAAGGUGAAGAAGCGAAGAGAGGGGAAACAGAGCAAAAAGGAACACUGGGGAAAGCGGAAGAGGAAAAGAGGAAGCAAGACCCGAGAAAAAGAAGUGAUAAGCACAAGGACAGCAACGAGAAUGAUAGUAAAAGACUUCAGAGUGAUAAACUAAAGAAGAGUCGAGAACAGGAAGAUCAACAUUCAAAUGAAGAAGGAGCACACACCAGGAGAAGAGGAAGUGCAUCUAGCCUUCACGUAAAUACCUCCGACACUAUUAUUCAACAACAAAUCUCAUCAAUGAAAUUCCUGGGUACAGCUCAAGAUAAAAAAAUGACAAGAAUAGCCGAUGAUUCCAUCGUAUCUCACACUUACACAAGAACAAGUCACUCACACCCAGGAGGACGCAGACCUCGGACCCACCCAAGCUCAUCACGACGGAGACGACAGAGAAAACACAGAAAAAGACAGAAAAAAAUGAACCAAAAGAAACCAAAGAGAAGAAAACACAUAAACAGUACUUACACUGCCACUAGGCAGACACUGUUACCUGAAGUCGAUUUAAAAAAUAAAAGCAUCGAUUCACUCAGAUCUCCAUCUUCUGUGAUACCUCUUGCGACCGGAGAGUUGUUAAACGCUAAUCCAGGUGGACCUGGAAGAGGAUCAGUCGAGGAUAAUCACGGAUUCGACGAGAUAAGCAUCUCACAGUCCACUACACCAGUAAUGCAGAGUCGGGAAGCCCAGCCACAUCUUCCUGGAAAUCCUGUCACUGGGCCAGACGCUAACUCGGUCAGGAAAGGAGCAGACACUCUCAAUCGAAACCACACUGAGAGGUCUCUCGAAUCAUCAAGAACCAGCUGGAAGGACAAGAGAAAAAAACACAGGAAGGAUCACAGAAGAGGAUCUCAGGAGAGGGAAACAAUACAUGAAAUGAGUUCGAAGACGUUGAAACCCUCGAGGGAACGCCAGAGUGAUGGAGUGAUUACUGGAAGAGCUUUGCCCAAUUCAGACGAAGCCGGGCAAGGUGAUAUUGCUGCAGGUAAUGAGGAUGAAGAUAUUCGCGAAGCGAGGAAGCAAGAAAUAUCUUUCGAAAGUGUGACAAUGAAAAAAAUUAUGAAUGUUGCAACAGUGACAAAGAAAGACAGGAACGUUAAUAAAAAUAACAAAAACAGAAAAGUUAAACAUGAGAAAAAUUCAAAACAAAGGAGGAAAUAUGGAUUUCAAGGUAGACGAAGAACUCAGGCUGUCACCCGGAAGGAAAGACAGCAGAGAAUAAAUCGAUGGCGUCAUGGCGUGAUAACUCGAGAGAGACAGAUCCCAGUAACACUCAACUCUGCUCAUAUUAGAACCCCUCAGGAAAUAAAUACAAAGCCAAGAGCCAAAGUGAGGAAGAGGCUGGAUGGAGCCAUCCGUCGACGGAUUUCCAGACGAGGCAGUGUAAGAAACUCAUCCCUGGAGACUCCCACGAUAAACAGUAACAACAAACAUUAUUCACUUAAUCCAUCAAGAGUCGUGGCUCCCGGCCAGACAGAUCAUGUGACUCAACCAUCCUCGGGAAUCUUAGGCUCAAAAACCAUAGAAAGUAAAAACAAAUUCAGAUCUUUCAAGAAGAAAGACAGGAAGUAUGAAGAUAAAAGUUCUUUAUGGAUACAGUGGCGUGUACUGGGGUCCCAGAUACGCGGGAUACCCCCAAGUGACACUAUCACCAAAAGUUCAGAUCAUCCUGUAAGAUCAGAAACAGCGCGGAACCCACGUCAUGCGCGUCACUACCGUAGUCUUCACCGGCGCUGGAAGACAGGGAAGGGAGGGAGAGCAAGAGCCCCCACCAGGGAUGAACAAAAGACAUUUUAUAAGCUACAUCGGUUUUCAGGCCCUGCCAAGGGUAGCGAAUCAGCCAUGCAGAGAAAAAGCAAUCGAAGAAAGAGAAGAGAAUUACCCGCGCCCUUUCGCUUCACGAGUCAAUGGCAUGGGAUCUUAGAGAGCAGAGGCUCUGGAGGCUGGCUUGCAGGGUUUUCUCGCUGGAGGUGGCGGCAUUUCAAUGCAAGGCAAGAUCUUAAGAGGUCAUCAGAAGAUAUAAGAAAAACAAUAAAAGCGGAGGUUAAAGUGAGAUUAAAUCGAAUACUAAAGCGCAGGAGAAAGCGUGAGACUAGACAAAACAGCUACAACAAAUCCCAGAAAAGAUCUCAAAAUUCCAGUGACUGGAUAGACAGCAGAUUCGCCGGGAAGAAAAGGAAUCCAAAGUGUAAGGAAUGGGAAGUCCUCGCCUCGACACAGGGGCGAAGUAUUACUGGAGGGAAAUUGAAAGUGCCUGGAGAGUUUGGAGAGGACUGCCAGAGUACGGAACAGCUGCCACUGCAGGCGGGGAUGGUCAGCAGCAGCUGUGAGCACUCGAGAAGAUACGCUAACCAGAGCCUCCACUCACCAGCAGAGGAGACACCUCUGGCCUCCAGGCUCAACAACCUCGUGAAUCAUCGUCAUCAGGAGAACAAGACGAUGUAUACAAUUGUUCCCAGCAUUACCACAGAGGAUGAGAGGGGCGACCAACGAACAAGACGAGAACUGAGAAAUCUCUUCAGUGCACCAAACAUCACAUACCGCUGCUCGCCCUCCCAUAAAUAUUGGCUCUUUGCUUCCAGUGUUCCUAUGGGUAUUUACCCGGCUAGAGUCAAGGUUCUGCAGAGUGGAAACAUCAUCCGUCUCUUCCCUGCCCCUGGGAAGGAAGCUGGGGUUGUAGGGGAGACUGGGGAGGCAGACAUCCCCCCACCGAUCCCGCCCCCCACCGCCCACCACCGCUCUGACAUUCCCCCAGAGGAGGAAUACACCGAGCUGAAGAGUAACGACAGUGAUGCUCAUCAUCAACAGUCUCCACAACCAGCCUCCACAACCUCCCCUUCCCUUCCAUCUCCUCCCUCUCCUAGUACCCAUAUUUCCCCCACAAGCCCUCCUCCUCCUCCUCCUCCUCCCGCUCCUCCACCAUCUCCUUCUGUCUACACUACACCCAGCACCUGGAUAAACGAGACUCUGGCGAAAGUAAAAACUGUAGUGGACUCCAUUCUCCAGUCCAUAGGAUCAGCGAGUGAAGAACUGGAGAGGAAGAGAAACGAGAGGCAGGAAAAUGCUAACUUAAACCUGGAAGAAAGAGGAGCGGGAAGAAGACCAGGGACUGGAGACGUCCCUCAAGAAGAACGCUUUAGAAGGAGAAACGAGAGGAGGAGGAGAAUUGCCAAUAAUAAAGGCAGCAGAAGAAGAAAGAUGGGAAUAGUGGAAACACCAAGCGACGCUGAUGACGGAGAGAAUGAGAACAAUGCAGAGAAUAAUGACAACCUUAAUACAGAGGGGGAAAAUUAUGACGGGGAAGCAAAGGAUGAAAGAGGACGAGGAAGGAGAGCUGCAGAAGCAGAGGAGCCAGCAGCUGCAGUGGAGAGCCCAGGAGGCUCUCUCAGCAAGAUAAGCAGUUACAAAAACAACCCACGAUAUAAAGUGGAAGAAGAAUCCAUGACGGAAAAAGGGGCUCCACACCCCUCCAUGAUGGAGAACGGGGCUCCACACCCCUCCAUGAUGGAAAGCGGGGCUCCACACCCCUCCACGAGGGAAAGCGGGGCUCCACACCGCUCCACGAGGGAGAGCGGGGCUCCACACCACUCCACGAGGGAGAGCGGGGCUCCACACCGCUCCACGACGGAGAGCGGAGCUCCACACUAUUCCAUGAGGAAGCGAGAAACUCCCCAGCACUCCAUGAGGGGAAGAGAGGCUUCCCUUCACUCAGUAAGGGAGAGAGUGUCGCCUCACCACCCUCUGAGGGAGAGAGUUCCUCCCCACCACCCUCUGAGGGAGAGAGUUCCUCCCCACCACCCUCUGAGGGAGAGAGUUCCUCCCCACCACUCCAACACCAAAAGACGCCGACGACCAGCACAUGGCAGGAGCUCCGUAGCUGGUCUUCAUAGCAACUCUACAAAGGUUACAAAGUCUCAGAGCAACUUUACAAAUGUUGCAAAGUCUAAUAGCGAACGUUUGUUUAUAACAAAAGGUGUCACUGUCCCCAGAACAGUGACUGAUAGUGGCAUUACCUCUGACAGUGACAGUUUUUCUAGUUCUGAAAGUGACAGUUCUUCUAUACCUAACAGUGAUAUAGAAUCUAAUAAUAAUAAUAUUUCUAUAAGUGUUAAUCGCAGUGUUUCUCUUAAUUCUACUAGUGUUACGACUAUGUCUGGGACAACAAACAAUGGCACUUUUACUUUUGACCAUAAAGUAAGUGCUGCUAAAGUUGCUCAUAGUGAAAGUGUACCUAAAUUAACCAGUCAGAGUGAAUCUAGUACUGAUGGUGAGAAAGUUUCUAGACGUGACAGUGAGAGUGCUGUUAGACGCGAUGGUGGAAGUGUUUACGCCAGACAAAGUUCCUUUAUCUCAACGUCAGUGGCAGUGAGGGCGGGCCCGUCGCUGCCAAUAAUAAUAAUAAUAAUAAUAAUAAUAAUAAUAAUAAUAAUAAUAAUAUUAAUAAUAAUAAUAAUAAUAAUAAAGGCAUCUGCCACUGAGACAGGUGAAUCCCCAGAGGAUACUUAUUCCUCGUCCGUCGAUAAUAAUAAUAAUAAUAACAGUAAAUCAGAAUACCUGAAUGGCACCGCCAAGACCUCUAAGCAAGCCAUUUACUCGGUCACUGACCUCCUCUUCACCGUGCCCAACGAAAGGGUUAUCAAACCUGCGGAGAAUAGCGAGGUUCAAAGUGAAAUCAAAUCUACAGAGAAAUUAAUCCGGACCUCCUUAGAAGGUUUGUUGUUCCGUGUUCCCGACGGCGGCAGCAGCAGCAGCAGGAAGCAGAAGGAAGACGUAGGCUCAGACACUGCUGUAGGAGAUGUCGGCGGCCUCAUGCCGGAAACUCCUCCUUCGGCAGGUGUGCCAAGGCAGGACGAUCCGAGGAGUCAGGACUCCAUUGAGCCUUCCAGCGAUACCUCAAGCCAAGAUGAACAAACUGAUCACGAAGAUACUGCGACAACUUCACGAAGGGAAUCGGAACAUCGUAUAGUUCACCCUGCAAAGGGGGACAUAGAAAACGGGGUGACAACAGAUCCCACAGAAAAUGCAAUGCGGCGAGGGGAGACUGCUGACGAGCACCUUGAUCACAUGUUGCGCACCACCUGUCUCCCCGUCGGCUCCUUCGGCAGAUUCAAGGUGGAAGAGGUGACGUACUUGGUGACGGGCAUGGGAGCAGGGACUAGCGCAGAGGACUGCUGGAGGGAGGUCACCCAGGUGGUUAACACACACAUCAGGUUGCCCUCGCUCAACCACACUACACUCCUCGCUACCACAGCCUUCUAUUUUGUGGCAGCCAGCGCUAACCUAAUUGAACCAAACAUGGCUUACGGCUUCGUGCGGGUGGAGCAGUUCCGCGCGGCAGCCAACACAAUGUGCUCGCGUGAGCCUGCCCACCUACCUGACCCCUUGGCCUGCCUGGAUUACCAGUACGUAGCUGCCCUGCUCACUCACGGUCUGCACCUGGACGACCACACAGAGAUACUGGUGUGUGAGAAGAUCCACGGGUUCCGGCCCAGCUGGGCUCUCGGAGCUGCUCUGGAUUACCUGCAGAGCCACUGAGAACAUCGUCAGCGACGUGAAGAUUCCGUCAACGUCACCUUCACCAGGGGACGUCAUCGUCGAUAACCUUCAUAAACCAAGGGAUAGAUACCUCGAUUUCCACACAGUGUGGGAGUCCGCCAUCAGCAGCUUCCCUCUCUCUUUCCCUUCCAGUGUUUAAACAUUGGUAGAAGUUAAGGAAGGCUGGUAUCUUUAGCAACAUUCUGAAUCAACUGAAGACUUCACUUGUGAUAUUACAACAAAGCGAGGGGAGUUUAGGAUCUCUAUUCUUUUAAGAUUUAGCUCUAGCGCCACAAGUUCACCGUCCUCAGUGCAGGAGAGACGGACACCACCGAUGGCAUCAGUAGCAGGAGAGACAGUGAGUCCAUCAUUGUGUUUCUCCAUAGACAGAAGGAUUCUUUCGGGAUCAUCCUGGCUACAAACAAGAUAUAUUUACUUCUAAGAGAACUACGAAGGACUAAAAAAUAAAAAAAAAUCUUUACACAGUCCGCUUUUCCUAUUGUUCGUGUAGAUAUACAAAAAAAAAAAAAACCACAAGGCGCCCAUAAAUAGUACAUUAAGGACCACUACAGUCUUCACUGAGGCGGGAUAAUAGUGAGACAGAACCGUGCACCAGGAUACGCCAGUUGCAACUCCAUCUACCUGUUGAUAACAAUAUACCAACUAUCUAUCGUCUAAGGCAGUUCAGCCACGGUCAAUAAUUUUUCAAAACUGGCUAUAUUAGCAUUGAACUGCUACACUACAAGAUAAUAACACUUUGGAAACUGAGGCUAUGUAUCCCUUAUCACCCCGUUAAUUAAUAAGGAAGGAUGGAUCGCGGCUCUUACAACAGGCGGGGAGAGCGUGUUCUUCACGUCAGGCUGGAGAACUAACGUCGAAGCGACCGUUACCAUUAUUUACACGUUACCAUUUUAAUAUGUGUUGUUAACAGCAGGGAAUUCUCACGUUGGUCACUUUCAUGGGUCCGCAGUACUCACCUCACCUUCACACCUGCCCACUCAUUAUCUCCGCUCGUCAACUUUCACACUGUCAACACAGCUGCCAUCUUCCCACUCCUCAUCUUCACGUCUCAUUACCUAACAUAUCAUUACAUGACAGAACACAUCUCCCGCCGCCCACUUCAUACGCACUGAUUUCUAUA